GCUGCUGAGCGCGGCCUGCCGGCCUGCUUCGGCUGCUCUGCUUUCGUUGUCUGUUUGGCGGGGCCCCCCCUCUUCCCAGCCUGGGGUCGCGGCGCCCGAAGUAGGGCGCCUCGCUGGGGUCUGUGGGCCGGUGGUGGGACCCCGGUGUCUCCAAAGGCCUGUGUCCCAGAGAAACCGCCACCAGAGACACCGCCCCCAUACUUCCCGGGGUAACUUCGCCCUUUUCCUAACUUUAGAACUUGGGGACCGGAGACCGUGGCUGCGCCUGACCUGGUUCUUUCCGACUCUCGGUAACUUUUCUGCUGUUCCGAAAGAUAAGAAGGAUUCUCCUCUUGGUUACCCACCAUUGGUCCCAUGGCUGCCAUGCAGAUGGAUCCUGAGCUUGCCAAGAGCCUCUUCUUUGAAGGGGCCACUGUAGUCAUCCUGAAUAUGCCCAAGGGGACAGAGUUUGGAAUUGACUAUAACUCCUGGGAGGUGGGGCCCAAGUUCCGGGGUGUGAAGAUGAUUCCACCAGGCAUCCACUUCCUCCACUACAGCUCCGUGGACAAGGCCAAUCCCAGGGAUGUGGGCCCUCGUAUGGGCUUCUUCCUUAGCCUGCAGCAGCGGGAGCUGGUGGUCCUGCGCUGGAACUCGGUCCAGGAAGAGGUGGACCUCUCCCCAGCCCCAGAGGCUGAGGUGGAGACCAUGAGGGCCAACCUCCAGGAGCUGGACCAGUUCCUGGGACCCUACCCAUAUGCCAUGCUCAAGAAGUGGAUCUCACUCACCAGCUUCAUCAGUGAGGCCACAAUGGAGAGGCUUCAGCCUGAGAGCCGGCAGAUCUGUGCCUUCUCAGAGGUGCUGCCUGUGCUCUCCCUGAAGCAUACCAAGGACCGGAUGGAGCAGAAUCUACCCCGCUGCGGCACUGAGUGCAAAAGCUACCAGGAAGGCCUGGCCCGGCUGCCUGAGAUGAAGCCCAAAGCUGGGACAGAGAUCCGCUUCUCAGAGCUGCCCACACAAAUGUUCCCAGCAGGUGCCACACCAGCAGAGAUAACCAGGCACAGCAUGGACCUGAGCUAUGCCCUGGAGACCGUGCUCAGCAAGCAUUUCCCCAGCAGUCCCCAGGAUGUGCUCGGGGAACUUCAGUUUGCCUUUGUGUGCUUCCUGCUGGGGAAUGUGUACGAGGCAUUUGAGCACUGGAAGGGGCUCCUGAAUCUCCUGUGCCGCUCAGAGGAAGCCAUGGUGAAGUACCAUACUCUCUACAUCAACCUCAUCUCCAUCCUGUACCACCAGCUGGGCGAGAUCCCUGCUGACUUCUUUGUGGACAUUGUGUCCCAGAACAACUUCCUCACCAGCACCUUACAGGUUUUCUUUUCCUCUGCCUGCAGCAUUGCUGUAAAUGCCACCCUGAGGCAGAAAGCUGCAAAGUUCCAAGCUCACUUGACCAAGAAGUUUCGGUGGGACUUUGCAGCGGAGCCUGAGGAUUGUGCCCCGGUGGUGGUGGAGCUCCCCGACGGCGUGGAGACUGGCUAACUGGAGGUGCCCUCAGCCAGGGAAGACUCCUCCCCACACAGCUGCAGUCCUGCCCUCUCCACUGACCCUUCCACACACCAGGUUCUGCAGAGAUGGAGCCAGAAUUUCUUCUUUUACCAAUAAAUAUGUUCCCUCAGUGCCCAAGAGGCUGUACCGUCCUAAAGGCACAUUUGUGGGCUCCCCAUCAGCCUGGCCGUGGUGCCGACCUGACUGAGUUCCAGAUGGGCUCUUCAGAAGCUCUUGGAAGAGACCUGCCUCAGCAGCAACCUACCUCCUUCCGAAUGAGAACAAAUCAAGCCAAAAGCCCAAGAGAACUGAUCACUUAUUCCACAGGAUGUUAGAAAAUCAGAAACCCUGGACUGCCAUGGGCUCUGAGAUGUCAGUUGGUGACUUUUAACUUAAGCAGAGGGCAGUAGGUAGAUGAGCCAGGAUUUCUACCUGCCUCUUGUUGAAUGGGAAUGCAUCACAGAAAACAUGGGCGUGUGACCGCUCAGGAGCCCCAGACGGGAGGGCGUAGCACAGAAGACAGCUGGGCUGUAUCAGCUUUUGCUUUUGCAUCUAAGUUUCUUUCUCCAGUCCAGAGGUCCCAGUGGGUAAGCUUCCCAAGAUUGUUGUGGCCCCUGACCUCAGGAGCCUUGCUCGUUCCAUACCUCUCCCAUGUGUUCUAUUCUGAGACCUCAGACCCAGAAGUGGGACUUGGCAACCCUCCUGUAUGGCCCCAUUUUUCACCAGAGCCACCACAACUGUUUCUGAUGACCUGGAGAUUCAAUAAGAGAAAGAUUCUUGGCUCUGUUGGAGUUCUGUGCCUUUAUUCAGAACUCGAGAUGACUGGUCAGCCUGGAUCUUUUCAGUCCUACCGCGGAGUUCUCAGCCACAAGAGUGAUGAUGCUCGGGUUUCCUGGGAGUCCCGAGGGCAUGCCCAUCAUGCACCCAGGCCCCCAUCCAACUGCAAGCUGUUGUACUAUGAUCAGAGUCCCUGUGCUGUUCUUUUCCAAGGCUGCAGCUCACACCAGGCCUCUUAAAUGAGAAUUCCUGCUGGUUAAGACUUUUGGUUCCACUUGUUU